AUGGCCCACAAUUUCGAUAAAGUGGUCAAGGAAGAACAAGAAUAUCUUUCGAAGGUGCACCCAACCACUGAUGACAUACCGUCCUGCUUGAACCUCUUCGACGAAUUUCUCCUUUGCAAUGUCCUAGGGACACAAGUAAAGUCACUCUAUAGAUUUGGCCGUAUGGCCGAGUGCAAACAGAAAAUGGAAGACUUCAAGUUCUGUAUGAGCAACAAGGGCUUGCACCCAGAACAACGGAGGGAAACCUGGCUACAGCACCGGGCCGAAUGGUGGGCGCAGAGGCGACUAGAGCGGAGCAGCGAAUUCGUCUGGGACAAGCGGACUGAACCCCUAUCAAAUUGGCCUCCACCCCUCUCUGAAAGUAAUAACGUUCCGGACGAUGGCGGAGCAAUCCCAUGA